GUUAAUCUUCUCAGUCAUUCUCUAAAUCGGUUAGAGCCACUAUCGUACAGUACAAAAAAGGAAUUUCGUGAGCAAAAGUGAAAAGUGGCUACAUGUAACUACCUGGUAUUCGCACAGAUCGUGAGCAGUUGAAAUGAUAUCUACACAGUUGAGAGCAGUAAUUCUGUUUUGGAUGUACACUCAAGUACACGGGCGAAUGGAAACAGUUCAUUGUGAAAUCUCCUUCUCAUCAUGUGAGGUUCGCAUUGUUGAAGACUCACAACAACCGAUAUCAGCAAUUAUUUUCGACGAUAUUCCAAACACAUCCGUUAAUGAGUUAAAAAUCACAGGAAAGUUCGAAAGUAUUCCAGACCUAUCAGACGCCACCAAAAAAUUUGUCAACUUGAAACGGCUUAUAAUCUCGGAUGUUGGAUUGAAAAUCGUUAAAGGAGAACAACUUGCCGUUUUCGAAAAAAUUUCAGAGUUAGAUUUAAACAAAAAUGAAAUUUCCGAACUUGAUGCCGACAUUUUCAAAAUGCUUCCCAAUCUUAAACAUAUAUCGCUACGAAACAACUUACUGGAGAUGCUGCCCGUAAAUAUCUUCCAGUACAACAAAAAGUUGGAGUUCAUCAUUCUCGACAACAAUAAAUUGACCGAAAUCCACAGCGACACUUUCAAAGACCUGGAAAAUCUGUAUUAUCUUUCGAUGAAUUACAAUCAACUCGAGAUGCUGCCGGCGAAUAUCUUCCGUGACAAUAAGAAAUUGAACGACCUGUCUCUUUUCAACAACAAAUUGAAAGAAAUCGAUGUCGAUACUUUCAAAGAACUUGGCGACCUUGAAAAGAUUUUCUUGAAUAACAAUCAAAUUGAGGUUUUGCCGAAUGGCUUGUUCGACGCUAAUCCAAAGUUGGAGUUCAUUGUUCUCUUCAACAACAAAUUAACAAACAUCAAUAGCGACUUUUUCAAAGAACUUCCAGCUUUAGUUUAUCUUCAGUUAAGCCAGAACCAACUCGAGAUGCUACCCGCGACAAUAUUCCGCAGCAAUCAGAAAUUGAACAAAAUUUAUCUCAACAACAAUACGUUAAAAGUAGUAGAUAGCGAUACGUUUAAAGGACUCAACAACCUACAGUUUCUUGAGUUGAAUGACAAUCAGAUUGAAGUUCUACCUAAAGGAUUGUUCGAUGAUAACUUGAAAAUGGUGGUUCUUGAACUACGCGGCAAUAAGUUGAUGAAAAUCGAAACUGACCUUCACCAACUUAAAAAACUAAUUCAGCUGACGUUAGCUGGAAACGUCUGCAUUGAUCAGAGCUGUGAAUUUUCAGCUUGCAGUUCCUCGUCUUUAUUCGAAUUGAUUGAGAACGUUCAACAAAAAUGCUCGUAAUUUACAGAUGACUUUAAGAGAUUUCUAUUUUUAAAACUGUAACUGACACUGUCAGUGGUAGAAUUCAUUAAUAAACGGUUGAUUAAUUUUGAUGAAUU